UCAUUUACCACUGCCCAGCGUGAGAAAGAAAGCGCCACCUACAGACAGAGAAAUGCCGCUGCAGAGACCUGCAGGAGGCACAGCAUUGAUGGAGCCAUGGUAACACAGAGUCAAAGGUCAAACUUAGGGUCAGUGUCAGCUGACCGCUUCCACCCCUACCGUCGUCAGUUCAGCAACGGUGGGGUUGCCACGGGUUGGUUGGCCCCUGGGCCCCCUGGGUCUCAUCCCUUCAUCAGUCUCGGAGAGGUGGAGUCUCCAGAUAGUUUCACAGACACAUCUACCAGUGAGGAACAGACAUGCUGGGAUACAUACAACGGGAGUUUCCAAGCUUCCAGACUGAUGCAGGGCUCCCAGCACUCUUACCCAGAACCACUGGCUGCACCCAAGGAACCUUCCUGCUUCCUGUCCCAAGGCCAUGCCUCCUACAGCCCCCUAGCCCCACUGCAGCAGUUCUCACCAGGUGUGUAUUCUACCAGUGGACAAUCCAAAAGUUCUCAGUACUCUCUCCAGUGCCUCUCCACUCCAACCCAUCAGGACAGUAGCAUGCAGUCCCUCUUCCCCAAGCCCAUCUACUCAUACAGCAUUCUGAUCUUCAUGGCUCUGAGGAACAGUAAGACAGGGAGUCUCCCUGUUAGUGAGAUCUACAGGUUCAUGACUGAACACUUCCCAUACUUCAAGACGGCUCCAGAUGGAUGGAAGAACUCGGUCCGCCACAAUCUGUCUCUGAAUAAGUGCUUUGAGAAGGUGGAGAAUAAGAUUGGCAACUCUUCCCGUAAGGGCUGCCUGUGGGCCCUCAACCCAGCCAAGAUAGAGAAGAUGCAGGAGGAGCUACACAAGUGGCGCCGCAAAGACCCCCUCACUGUCCGCAAGAGCAUGGCCAGGCCAGAGGACCUGGAUCGCCUGUUGGGGGAAAGACCAGGGAAUCUGAAAUCUUUACCUUUUUACCACCAGACCCCACUGGCAAGAUCCACCACAAACUACAACCCUACCCCUUCCUCCUUCACUUCAUCCCAGCCUCCAGAGCCCUGUCGUCCUCUCCAACGUCCCCUCUACCCCCACGUCCCCCCUUCCACCCUGACAGUCAACCAGCACCCCCGCUACAUGUCCCCCACCACCCCCCACCCCUUCUCCUUCUACUCCCCCUGCGGACAGCAGCCUCCAUCAGGUAUCCCUCCCAAUGUGGGUACCUUGGGUUCCCCUUUGGCGGGGCAGACACCCUCCAACUGUAGCGCCACCAUACAGGCAGAGUAUAAAUUUGGGCCCAGGAGCAUGCAGGAGCUACAGCUAGAGGGAGAUGCUAGUAACGAUAUCGACACGCUCAACCCCAGCUUGACUGACCUGCAGCUCCACGGUUACUUGUGGGAGGAGCUGAGAGAGGACAGCCUGGCUCCUGAUUCGCUGGUAGCAAUCAGUCCCUCCUCGUCCCCCUCAUCUUCCCAGCCAACACACUUCCUCCUGGGGUCAAGUCUGAGGAGCACCUGUCCUGUCAACCAGACAUCAGAGUUGAUCUCUGUCGGGCUGGGGAAGGAGGAGGAAGAAGAUGAGGGGGAGAUGGACGGAGGAUGUGGAGGUCCAUCAGACCUACAUAUUAAUGGACAGUACCACACAGCCUACACAGGUGUGGAGAGUUUAGCUGGUUACCUCACUUCCAUGGGGAACACCCCCAUACCUUUGCUUUGA